GUUUGCCGUCGUCGAGCACUUUUCGUCGUCGUGGUCUUCGUUCCCGCCGCCGUACCAUCCAGUUUUCCGCCUCGUAUAUCAACAAUCACACCACCACACGCCGUGUAGUAUAGGGCGACAUACAGGCCCCCACAUCGGCAUCGGGAAGCGGCGGCUGCGUUCAGUUCUAGCGGAACCACCGUUUGGAGAGCACGCGAUCCCCGCCCAGUUCUCAGCUACGUAUCCCCCGUAUCCCCAAGAUGUCCCUGGUCCGUUUGAUCGGUGCUGAGGCCCGCCAGCUGGCGAAGAGGUCCUACUCCUCGGCCGCUCCCACCACCAAGCUCUUCAUCGACGGCAAGUUCGUGGAGUCCAAGACCACGGAGUGGAUCGACGUGCACGACCCGGCCACCAACAAGGUGGUGACCCGCGUGCCCAAGGCCACCCAGGCCGAGAUGCAGGCGGCCCUCGAGUCGAACAAGAAGGCCUUCCGCUCGUGGAGCAACCAGUCGAUCCUCACCCGCCAGCAGGUGAUGUUCAAGCUGCAGGCGCUGAUCAAGGAGAACAUGGGCGAGCUGGCCAAGAACAUCACCAAGGAGCAGGGCAAGACCCUGGCCGACGCCGAGGGCGACGUGCUCCGCGGCCUCCAGGUGGUGGAGCACUGCUGCAGCAUCCCAUCCCUGCAGAUGGGCGAGACGGUGGCCAAUGUGGCCAGGGACAUGGACACCUACUCGCUGGUCCUGCCCCUCGGCGUGACCGCCGGCGUGGCCCCCUUCAACUUCCCGGCCAUGAUCCCGCUCUGGAUGUUCCCGGUGGCCAUCACCACGGGCAACACCAUGCUGCUGAAGCCGUCGGAGCGUGUGCCCGGCGCCACCAUGCUGCUGAUGGAGCUGCUCAACGAGGCCGGCUGCCCGCCGGGAGUGGUCAACGUGAUCCACGGCCAGCACGACGCGGUCAACUUCAUCUGCGACGCGCCCGAGAUCAAGGCCGUGUCCUUCGUGGGCUCCGACCAGGCCGGCAAGUACAUCUACGAGCGGGCCGGCAAGAACGGCAAGCGGGUGCAGUCCAACAUGGGCGCCAAGAACCACGGCGUCAUCCUGGGCGAUGCCAACAAGGAGAACACCCUCAACCAGCUGGCAGGCGCCGCCUUCGGAGCCGCCGGCCAGCGCUGCAUGGCCCUGUCCACGGCCGUCUUCGUGGGCGAUGCCCAGUCCUGGAUCCCCGAUCUCGUCGAGCGCGCCCAGAAGCUGAAGGUGAACGCCGGCCACGUGCCCGGCACGGACGUGGGUCCCGUGAUCAGUGCCGCCUCCCGGCAGCGCAUCAACGAUCUGAUCGAGUCCGGGGUGAAGGAGGGAGCCAAGCUCAUCCUGGACGGCCGCAAGAUCAGCGUGCCCGGCUACGAGGACGGCUACUUCGUGGGACCCACCAUCCUGAGCGACGUGACGCCCAGCAUGAAGUGCUACACCGAGGAGAUCUUCGGCCCCGUGCUGGUCAUCCUGAAGGCCGACACCCUGGACGACGCCAUCGGCAUUGUGAACGCCAAUCCCUACGGCAACGGCACCGCCGUCUUCACCACCAACGGCGCGGCCGCCCGCAAGUUCGUCAACGAGAUCGACGCCGGCCAGGUGGGCGUCAACGUGCCCAUUCCCGUGCCGCUGCCCAUGUUCUCCUUCACCGGCACCCGCGGCUCCUUCCGCGGCGACCACCACUUCUACGGCAAGCAGGGCAUCAAGUUCUACACCCAGACCAAGACGGUCACCCAGCUGUGGCGCGAGACGGACGUGACCCACACCCAGGCGGCCGUGGCCAUGCCCACCAUGAAGUAGGCGCCUCCGCGGACGGUCUGGGCGAGAUCCCGGCGAGGCCGCUGUUCCACGUAUUGAAUUUCUGGAUGCUUGCACAGGACGUAUUUGGGAGCUAGAUACAGAGAAAUUAUUGCAUUUAUUUUGUGCCUGUUUAUUAGACUUAGGAUGUUAGAGACCACCAGCGAGCUGGAAGCUGAAAUGUAACGAUAGCAAUAAAUGUUUGAAAUGUAAA